UCCAUUGUAGUCUCAGGAGACGAAGAAACAAAGAUUUAAUCAAAUAAUGUCUGUGAGAAUUACAUGACUGGUUUAAGUUAGUUUUGUUGACAAUGUGAUGAAUAGCUAAAGUAGACGCAAGUAGUGCAAAUUAAUAGGAAAAUUUUUCAAAUUGUGUAGGCUAAUUGCAUUAAAGAGAAGCUCAAAUGCGCUUGUUGCAAUUUACACUCAUGAUCUGCGCGCUCGCUGGAUGUUGGCAGCCGCUUACAUGGACAUCGCUGUUUAAACAAAUAAUUUAUAAGGCUUACGCAAUAUUUCUGAUCUCCUCGUUAUAUGUAUUUCUUCUUUCUCAAUUUAUAAAUAUUAUAUUAAACGUCGGCAACUCUGAUGAAUUUACCGAUGCCUUGUAUAUGAUGUUGACGAUACUCGUAGCAGGCUACAAACAGAUUUAUAUGUGGGUAGAGCGUAAGAAUGUUAUGGUAAUAAUAAAUGUUCUUAAUGAGAAACCUUUUGUGCCAUAUGAAACACAUGAAGUAAUGAUUCGAGAGAAAUUUGAAAAAAUGAUACAGAACAACAUGCGGAGGUAUUUAACCAUCGUCAUGAUGUCGAUCACAUCGAUAAUAACGAUGUCUGUCUCCACGAAUCUUAUGAACAAAACCUUGACGUAUAAGACAUGGAUACCGUUUGACUACUCGUCUACCGCUACAUAUUAUGUUGUAUAUACUCACCAAUUAAUAGCCAUGUCAACCUCUGGUAUAGUAAAUGUCGCUAUCGAGAGUUUACUUUGUGGAUUCUUGCUGCACAUCUGUUGUCAAUUUGAAAUUCUGGGGUAUCGAUUGGCAAAACUUACGCAUAAUCAAAAUAGUCUGCGCGACUGCGUUUGUCACCACAACCGUAUCUUUGAAUACGCAUAUACGAUAAAUAAUAUGUUCGCGAAAAUAAUCGCUAUCCAGUUUGCUGUGAGCAUGUUGGUGGUGUGCUCGAAUUUGUAUCGAAUAGCUAUGGCAGCCGACUAUUUGAGUUUUAUUCCACUGAUGAUGUAUACAAGUGCUAUAUUAGUGCAGAUUUUCAUCUACUGCUGGUUUGGAAACGAAGUCAAGAUAAAAAGCCUUCAAUUGAUGAAUAGCAUUUAUAAUACAGACUGGCCGGCGCUUAGCAAUAGCAACAAAAAGGAUAUUUUAUUAAUAAUGAGGCGCGCGACGACUCCCAUCGAAUUUACUAGCGCGUACAUAAUUACGAUGAAUCUUGAAUCGUUUGUAGCUUUGCUUAAGAUGUCAUAUUCGGUUUUCAAUUUGCUGCAUCAAACACAUGAAUAG